AUGGGGGUGAGAAUCCCUGGCCCCGCCCCCCCAGACAACGUCACGGCCCAGGCGCCCAAUGGGCUGCGCUGCUUUGGUUGCCCUGACGACGGGCCCUGCUCCGCCCCCACCAUCGUGGAGUGCUAUGGCGACCUCCGCGGCUGUUUCCAUGGCAACGUCACCGUGACGCUGGGUGGGUCCCGGCGGUGGCGGGAGGUGCGGGGCUGCGUGCGGGACCCGACCUGCACCCCGGAGCCCCGAGGGGACGACGCCGUGGGGCUGGAGGGCUCCUGCUGCGCCGGGGACCUCUGCAACGGCCCCGCAGGGAACCGCAGCCUCUUCGCCCCUGACCUGCCCCGGCUCGAGCUCCUCCCGCAGCCCCACGGCCCCACGGCCGGGCCCAACAAAGGCAAUGGGAGCACUGGGGGGGACAAGGCCACCACCAAGAUGGCCGCCCCCACGGGCAACGCGUCUGCCGCCAAAACCAAGAUGGCCGCCCCCACGGGCAACGCGUCUGCCGCCAAAACCAAGAUGGCCGCCCCCACGGGCAACACGUCUGCCACCAAAACCAAGAUGGCCGCCCCCACAGGCAAUAUGGCGCCCACUGUAGCCAACGUGGCGGCCACCAAAGGCAAUGUGGCCGCCUCCAGAGGCAGCAUGGUGCCUACCGUAGCCAAUGGGGCUGCUACCAAAUCCAGUAUGGCGGCCACCAUGGCCAAUAUGGCGGCCACCACAGGCGAUAUGGUGAUUGACCACCACGGAGCUGCCAUUGAUGCCAGCACAGCCGCCGGACGCUCCGGGCACCCCAUGGAGCGCAAAGAUGGCGUCAAGGGCCCUGUGGGGCAGAGCCACCCUCUGGGGGCAGGGUUGUGGCCCCUCCCCUUCCUCCUGCUCCUCCUCCUCUAA